AUGCGCGUCACGGCGACGUGGGGGCGGGGAGACGCGGCGGCGGUGGCGGCGGCGGUCGCGGUCGCGGCGGGGCGAGCGCGAUUCCAGAAGCGGCAUCGCGGCGGCGGCAGCGGCGGCGCCUAUACCGGGCUGGGCCCCCUCCCUCCUCCGUUCCCCCCUCCUCCCCCUUCCCCUCAGCCGUGGUUCCCGAGAAGUCCGAGACGCGCGGCGAGGAGGCGACGGGCUCCAGGAUCAACUCACUCUCCUGAAAGUCAUUCUCCCAAGAAGGAGGGACAGAAAGACAGAGCUGUUUGUAAGAAAGGCUUGGGUAUCCCAUGAACGAGCCAACAGAAAACCGAUUGGGGUGCAGCAGGACUCCAGAGCCAGAUAUAAGGCUCAGAAAAGGGCACCAACUUGAUGGUACAAGGAGAGGUGAUAAUGACAGCCACCAAGGAGAUUUGGAGCCUAUGUUAGAGGCAUCUGUUGUAUCUUCCCAUGAUAAAAAAAGCUCUGAGGAACACGAGAGCAGUGAUGAAGCUCCUCAGGAAGAUGAGGGGUUUAUGGGCAUGUCCCCUCUCUUACAAGCCCAUCAUGCUAUGGAAAAAAUGGAAGAAUUUGUUUGUAAGGUAUGGGAAGGUCGGUGGCGAGUGAUCCCUCAUGAUGUACUACCAGACUGGCUCAAGGAUAACGACUUUCUUUUACAUGGACACCGACCUCCUAUGCCUUCUUUCCGGGCCUGUUUUAAGAGCAUUUUCAGAAUACACACAGAAACAGGCAACAUCUGGACACAUCUCUUAGGUUGUGUAUUCUUCUUGUGCCUGGGGAUUUUUUAUAUGUUUCGCCCAAAUAUCUCCUUUGUGGCCCCUCUGCAAGAGAAGGUGGUCUUUGGAUUAUUUUUCUUAGGAGCCAUUCUCUGCCUUUCUUUUUCAUGGCUCUUCCACACAGUCUACUGCCACUCAGAGGGGGUCUCCCGGAUCUUCUCUAAACUGGAUUACUCUGGUAUUGCUCUUCUGAUUAUGGGGAGUUUUGUUCCUUGGCUUUAUUAUUCUUUCUACUGUAAUCCACAACCUUGCUUCAUCUACUUGAUUGUCAUCUGUGUGCUGGGCAUUGCAGCCAUUAUAGUCUCCCAGUGGGACAUGUUUGCUACCCCUCAGUAUCGGGGAGUAAGAGCAGGAGUGUUUCUGGGCCUAGGCCUGAGUGGAAUCAUUCCUACCUUGCACUAUGUCAUCUCAGAGGGGUUCCUCAAGGCUGCCACCAUAGGGCAGAUAGGCUGGUUGAUGCUGAUGGCCAGUCUCUACAUCACAGGAGCUGCCCUGUAUGCUGCCCGGAUCCCUGAACGCUUCUUUCCUGGCAAAUGUGACAUCUGGUUUCACUCUCAUCAGCUGUUUCAUAUCUUUGUGGUUGCUGGAGCUUUCGUUCACUUCCAUGGUGUCUCAAACCUCCAGGAGUUUCGUUUCAUGAUCGGCGGGGGCUGCAGUGAAGAGGAUGCACUGUGAUACCUACCAGUAGCCAGGGACUGUGACCCUAAACCAGGUCCUGCAGCACUUGCAGGCCUCUCUGCUGGCUACUGAUGCCAGUACCAGAGGAGCCCCAAAACUCUGACACCCUCGCGGGCUUUGUGACGGCCCAGGGGCUCUGUGUGGUACAUGACUGAGAAGAGAAAAACAAAAAUAAAUCAUACCUCAAA